AUGGUAAUCAAAGAUCUUUUACACCAUAUGCAACAAGCCAAUCGCUUACAUGAACUUUGUUAUCAAGAGGGUGAUGAUUUAGAAAUGGAUAUUUUCGCCGCUGUCAAUUCAGUUUCAGAUUCAUUAAAAGAUUUAUUACAUGACUCUAAAGGUUCCUCAAGAUUAAUUGUAGAUCCGGAAUUACAAAGUAAAUUUAUGGAUGCAUCUAGAAAAAUUGGUGCACUCACUCAAAAUCUAUUUGAAAGUGUACGUCUUCAAUGUGGUCAAUGUCAAGAUGAUGAUCGUAAGAGAUUUGCAAAUAAUUUAGCUUCAUAUAAAGGUGGUGGCAAUGCAUUGGAUGCAUUAGCUCAACAAGCCGAUGCUGACAGAAUCGAAAAAGAGAAGAAAUAUUUAGAGAGUGGUUUCGAAAGAGAAUGA